AGGGGCUUCGGAACUCGGCAGAGAAAUACCAGUCUCCCCAUUCCGCAUCACUCAGAGUGGCCGCCAGUUGCUGCUUGAAUUCUCCUCGCUGUCAGACUCGCACGGUCCCAGGUCCUGGCCCGCUUGUCUGCUCACAGCUCCAUCGUUUACUCAGCCCUGGAGAUCCGUUGCGACGCACGUGCAAGGGCGUUCUAGGAUCUGGAGGUUGUUCAAGGGAUCACUCCUCGAAUUUAGACCGUUGAUCCGGAUAGCUGCGAGCACAGAUGUCUCCUCAAGGGCUGGAGAUCGCCGGCGAGCGCAUCACGGGUCAAGAUGUCCGAACCCAGAACGUAACGGCGUGCAUGGCCAUCGCCAACAUCGUCAAGAGCUCGCUGGGUCCCGUGGGAUUGGAUAAGAUGCUGGUGGACGACAUUGGCGACAUCACCAUCACCAACGACGGCGCCACCAUUCUGAAGCAGCUGGAAGUGGAGCAUCCCGCAGCCAAGGUGCUGGUGGACCUGGCAGAGCUCCAGGACAGAGAGGUGGGGGAUGGCACCACGUCGGUCGUCAUCAUCGCAGCUGAGCUGCUCAAGAGGGCGGACGACCUUGUGCGCAACCGCAUUCACCCAACGUCGAUCAUCAGCGGGUACCGUCUGGCAAUGAGGGAGGCGUGCAAGUAUGUGGAUAGCAAGCUUGCAGUCAAGGUGGAGAAGCUAGGGAAGUCGACGCUGCUGAACGCGGCCAAGACGAGCAUGGCGUCCAAGAUCGUGGACAUGGAUAGCGACUUCUUCGGCAAGAUGGUGGUGGACGCGGUGCAAGCCGUGAAGAGCACCAAUGAGAAGGGCGAAGUCAGAUACCCCAUCAAGGCCAUCAACAUCCUCAAGGCGCACGGCAAGAGUGCCAAGGAGAGCACGCUAAUCAACGGCUAUGCGCUCAACACCACACGGGCAGCCCAGGGCAUGCCGCGACGCGUGGGGCCCGCACGGAUCGCAUGCCUUGACUUCAACCUGCAGCGCACGCGCAUGCAGAUGGGCGUGCAAGUGCUUGUCACGGACCCCAAGGAGCUGGACAAGAUUCGAGAGAGGGAGUCGGACAUCACUAAGGAGCGCAUUCAGAAGAUGCUCAAAGCGGGCGCCAAUGUCAUUCUGACCACCAAGGGCAUCGACGAUAUGUCGCUCAAGUAUUUCGUGGAGGCAGGGGCGAUUGCAGUGAGGAGAGUGAAGAAGGACGAUCUGAGGCACAUUGCCAAGGCGUCGGGCGCUACCAUGAUGCUUACAUUCGCAGACAUGGAGGGGGGAGAGACGUUUGACGCGUCCAUGCUGGGCCAAGCAGAGGAGGUGUACGAGGAGAGAGUGUCUGACGACAACAUCCUCAUCUUCAAGGGGUUCAAGUCAGCCAAAGCGGCGACCUUGUUGCUCCGUGGAGCCAACGACUACAUGCUGGACGAGAUGGACCGCUCCCUGCACGAUGCCAUCUGCAUCGUCAAGCGAACCCUGGAGUCCAACACUGUCGUGGCGGGGGGUGGCGCCGUGGAGGCAGCGCUGUCUGUGCAUCUGGAGAACCUCGCCACUACGCUCGGAUCCCGGGAGCAGCUGGCUAUUGCCGAAUUUGCAGAGGCGCUGCUCGUCAUUCCCAAGGUGCUGGCAGUGAAUGCUGCCAAGGACGCCACGGACCUAGUGGCCAAGCUGAGGGCGUACCACCACAUGUCGCAGACCAAGAGCGACAAGCAGCACUUGGCAGAGUACGGCUUGGAUCUGAUCAACGGGGUGCUGAGGAACAAUGUGGAGGCGGGAGUGCUGGAGCCGGCUAUGAGCAAAACCAAGAUCCUGCAGUUUGCCACAGAAGCCGCCAUCACCAUUCUCAGGAUCGAUGACAUGAUCCGGCUGGCCAAGGCCCAAGAUGGGCCCGAGGAGUGAUCCGAACAUGACUACUGGUUGGUUGGUUCUUUCUGGUGUUGCCUGUCUUAGAGUAGCGAAUUAAACUCGAAACAAUGCAGUACAGGUGGGAUAUAGGGUUGGGUUGUACCCUCUAAGAACGUAACCUUGUCUAGCCUAAAACUUCUACAAGUAAUGCACAUGUAUAAGUUGACACACCCCCUAGGCUAGACAAGGGGCAGUGCCUAGCAAGAGACACGC